GGAUUUUACAAAUUGGGAGGAAAAUGAAUGGCCCCAACCUUCACGUUAUCCAUGCUUGGCACUGUCUCCCACAACACAUAACGACCUCUCGUUCCUAAUCCCAGAGCACCACAAUGUAAUAGUCUCACUCUCCACAGAACCCAAUUCACAACCGUCUCUGCUAUGACUCUGAACUUGUGCACUCCAUGCUUUUCUCGCUUACUUCAUCACCCUUCUUCUUCCUCUCUUCCCAAACUCUCCGAAACCUUCUUCGCCACAUCCUCACUCCCCAACCAAUCCAGAUUCCUCAACGCCAAAGCGUCCGUCAGCGAGAGCCACAAUGAAAUCUCUCACGACACUGCCUCCGAUUCCGACUCACUGGACCAACAACUCCUCCUCCGAGUCGCCGCAAACGCCAAAGACGCCGACGAGGCAUUACAGAUGAUCGCCAACACCUCUUCCCGAAACGACGGCGUCAUUUCCACCUCUGAUUGUUGCUCCAUUAUUUCCGCUGCUCUUAACCGCAAUAAUCCCCAACUCGCUUUGUCCAUUUUCUACGCCAUGCGCGCUAGUUUUCACCAAGUUGGCGAGAGUGGCAUUUCGGGGGAGAGAUGGAAGUGGUCGAGACCUAAUGCGCAUGUUUACACGUUGUUGAUUCAGGGUUUGGCGGCAUCGUUAAGGGUUUCUGAUUCUCUUAAGGUGAUUAAGUAUAUUUGUGAGGUCGGCGUUUCUACUGGUGAGGAGGUCCCUUUUGGGAAGAUAGUGAAGUGUCCUAGUUGUCGGAUAGCUGUUGCUGUUGCACAGCCACAGCAAGGUAUUCAGAUAGUAUCUUGUGCAAAGUGUCGCUACCAAUAUGAACUUGUAUCGGGUGACAUAGUCAGGAUUCAAUCAGAAGAAAUCAGCAUGGACAUUACGGCAUGGGAAAGGGGGUUAAGAUACCUGAAACUGAUGAAGCAAAGCAUUCCUGCUGCUGUUCAUUCUAUUGUGGUGCAGACCCCUUCUGGUAUGGCUCGCACUCACAGAUUUGCAACUGAGACAGUUGAUCUGCCAGCACAAGAAGGCGAAAGAGUAACUAUUGCUGUGGCAACUCCAUCAAAUGUUUAUAGGAAGGUGGGCCCCUUUAAAUUCAGUCCAAGGGCCCCCGAUUUCUAUCCUGGUGAGGCUAUGUGCAUAACAAACCACAAAGAUGGGCGGGAAUCACCACUUUUAAGAGCCCCAAGAAAAGAAGAAAAUUCAUCAUUACUCAAACCCUCUCUUCUCUUUCCACUUAUUGCUUUGCUGGCCACUGGUGAUGCUGCUUCAGGACUUAUUGACCCCAGCCUGCCCCAAUUCCUCUCAGUCGUUGCUAUUUCAACUCUUGUUGUUGGAUCUACUUUGAACUCCGUUGUUCUUCCCCAGUUUAAUCAGCUUCCACAGAAGUCAGUAGAAGCAAUUGCUAUCAAACAACGACUUCUAUCUCAAUAUGAUGUUCUUCUGUCUCGCAUCAAUGACCUAAAAGAAGCUGCUGAAAAAGAGAUUUGGAUGUUAGCUCGAAUGUGCCAACUUGAGAACAAAAUUUCAGCUGUUGGAGAACCUUCUUAUCGGAAUCGGAGAAGUAAAGUCAAAAGGGUGCGAGAGAGCCUGCAAAACUCCCUUAGGGGACGGAUUGAAUUGAUUGACAGCUAUGCUAGGAUUUCCUCGAUGAUUGAAAUUGAAGUGGAGAUGGAGACUGAUGUUCUAGCCGCUGAAACUGCCAGUAAUGUGGAUAGUAUCACAGAACAGAUAGAACAAAUCAUGGAGCUUGAAAAUUUGGAGGAGAGAUGGAAAAUACAAGCAGAAGCCAAUGAUGAGGCUGAAAGGCUUCUUAGUUCCCAGCCCAUGCCUUUGGAAGAAGUUUAAAGAUGUGUUUGGGUGCAUAUGGUUCGUGCCACUGCAUCAUUAGUUAAGCUUCACCUCACCUCCCACCUCGAUGAUCUUUUCUUGACUGAGCAAAAGAGAAGCAUCGCGACUCAGCACUGCCUUUUAGCAGGCAAGUUUUGAAACUUCGGUAUCUUGGAAGAAUCACCAUUAUGUCACGAGAAGGAAUGCAUUUUAUACGAUCAUAAAUGUGGGAGCGUUUGACAUCUAAUGCAAAUAUUUGUUGCCAUUGAAAUCCGUCCUCGCGGUUCUCAGUCAAAGGUAGAUAGAUAACUGCACACGGUGGUGUAAAUUCGUUGUUAAUUGUCUUGGUGAUAUUUUAUUAAUGAAGUGUCUCAUGUGAAAGCAUUAUCGUUAUUUGUUGUCAUUGUUGCAAUUUUUUUUUCAUAAUCGUUCCUAAGUCAAUACGGGAAACACCACCACUUCUGAGCAGCUGUUGUCCAUACUCUUUUGGAUGAUUUUAACUUGUUUUUAAUAAUAGUUUUUCAAUAUUUCUAAAAUAUAAAUGGAACAUUAUAG